AUGGAACCUCAGCUCCCCAACAAGGACGAGAUCUGUCAGCAGGCCGCCGAAGGCGAGCCCAUCACCCAAACCAAAGCCUCAACUUUCGCAUCCGUCGAGAACGAUGUCACCGGCUUCGGUCCGAUCAAAGGCGGCACGGCAGCCACGGCACAGAGUGUGCAUGACAAACAGCAGAACUUCAUAUCGAAGGCCGGGGACGUCGCGCGAAAGCCUGCGCAAGAAAUUACCAAGGAAGACGCAGCGGCAAUCCAGAGCGCUGAGGUAGAGUUUGGUUCGAAUCUAGGGUUGAAUGACGUCUGCUAA